AUGGCUAAGGAUAAGGGUGAGCAAACUGGUAAUGAAAAUGCCAAUGCAAAUCCUUAUAAAGACCCUCUAUUCAUAGCAGUGAAUGAAAACGGGUCUACACCUUUAGGAAGCAUCAUCUUUGAUGGAACAAACUUCAUGAACUGGAGUAAAAGCAUCAGAAUAGCCUUAGGAGCUAAGAAUAAGCUGGGUUUUCUUGGAGGAAAGCAUCCUAAACCUACUGCUGGAGAAGAAGAAGUUCAGAAAUGGGAGAGGUGUGAUUAUAUGGUUAGGUCAUGGCUUUUGGCAACCAUGAAGCCUGAUGUAGCAGGAAGCUUGGUAAAUAUGCAAUCAACCAAGCAUCUUUGGGAAGAAAUUAUUGAGAGAUAUGCUCAGACAAACGCUCCACAACUUUUUGCUCUCAAGAAGGAUUUGUGGGAGUUACAGCAGAACAAUCUUAGUGUAAGUGAGUAUUACUGCAGACUCAAGAGCAUUUGGGAUCAGAUUGGAGACUUGGAAGGGAUACCAGAUUGCACAUGUGGAGCAAUGUUGAAGUGUAGCUGUGAACUUGCAAAAAGGGUAAUGGAAUUGCAAGCUACAGAGAAGUUGAUAAAGUUUGUCAUGGGGCUUAACACAGGAUAUGAUCAGAUGAAAUCCAAUAUUUUAAGCACUGAUCCUUUGAUAACAGUGAACAAGGCCUAUAAUUUGGUACUACAAAUAGAAAGGAAAAAACAAAUUACAGGGGAGAUGACAGCAGCACUGGAGGCUAGUGCUUUGGCUGUAAACAGACAAGUGCAAAGCAGAAGUUUGGGGUUGUUAAAGAAUUUCCAGAAGAAAGACUAUUACAAACAAUUCAAGAUGGAAAAGAUGACAAGAGUUUGUGAGCAUUGUGGAAAGAAAGGUCACAACAAGGAGGAAUGUUUUCAGAUUGUUGGGUACCCAGAAUGGUAUAAGAAGGGCCCUGAACAAUUUAAGAGUGCUGCCAACAUGGUGAAUUUUAUGCUUGAGUAUCUGAUUCUUUUCAAGAAUGUUGGCAGCACCAUGUUGGCAGCACUCUUAUAUUUUGAGUAUCUGAUUCUUUUCAAAGAUAUUUAA